CUUGCGGGACCUUGAAAGGGGAGCCCUGUCCGGAGCCGCGCGCCGUUUUUAAGCUGCAUUGGGCAGGCCGGAGUUUUGCUUUGCUGCGACAUGGUGCGGACCAAGGCCGACUGCGGGGGGACCGGAGGAGCUUAUCGGAAAGUGGUGGCCGCCAGGGCUCCUCGGAAGGUAUUAGGCUCCAGUAGGUGUAAUGUGGAUUCCUCACCUUCUUCACGGAAAGCUGAAAGCAAGUAUGCAGGGGGCAAUCCAGUCUGUGUGAGGCCCACCCCACCGUGGCAGAAAGGAAUCGGAGAGUUCUUCAGUCAGUCCUCAAAGCAUUCAGAGAAAGAGAACCAGGUCUCUGAUGAGGAACCAGGAUGUAGUGGAAUAGGAAAGCGUCGGAGAAAAGCCAUUCCUCUGCCCCCUUGCACUGCUGAGCAGGACGUCUCUGACGAUGACCACAUAUAAGCCUCUCCCUGUUAACAGAUUGUGCCAUCUUCUGUGCAACGUAUCUUUGUGUGUACACAUCUGUGUAUAUAUACAUGGUCUGAGUAUUGGGUCUUUUCAAAGCACGGAAGACCUGACUUGGUUGACUUCAAACGUUCUCAACUGAAAACUUGAACGCCAACAAGCAAAGUUGGGAGAGCUUGUCAGGCCUAGAAGAUAGCAGCCAAUAUGAUAAGGGGCGUUCUUUGUCAUAAGUGGUGUUUCUCUACGUACUUGUUAAACUUCUGUGCCAUAAAGUAUUAACUAUUAAAAUUUUUAUACAAAGCUAAA